AUGACAUCUAAGGGAGAAAAGUAUCUUAAAGUGGGCUUUAUAAAUGCUGGCUCAUUGGGUACGGGGCAUGACGACUUAAUCAGUGUACUCGACAGGCAACGCGUAGAUAUUAUGGCUAUUAAUGAGACUUGGCUUCGGCCGGGCGAGGAGGGGCGCGCGCCUGUGGUACCUGGCUACCGACUGCGUCACACGCCGCGGCCGGCGAGUGUUCGCGCGGGUCGUGGUGGGGGCGUCGGGUUUUAUGUGAAGCGAGGGCUCAGCGCGCGCGCUUGUCCCCGCGUGGUCGAUCCCAGGUUCGAAUCGGUCGAACAAAUGUGGCUCACGCUCUCUAUGAACGGGAAAAAGAUUGCCAUAGGAACUGCGUACCGUCCACCGUGGUUCGACCUUAGCCUUUUCUUAGAUGCAGUAACGGAUUCUGUGAGCUCGUUAGGAAAUUGCGACGGUUACAUAUUAAUGGGUGAUUUCAACGUUAAUCUGCUGGACGUUAAUGGGAGUAAGACUAGAAACAUCCACGAAUUUUUGAACUGCCUGAGCCUUACACAGUUGGUCACAUCUCCUACCCACUUUACGGCAACAAGCGAAACAUUGAUCGAUCUAAUAUGUUCUGAUCUUCAAGCUAGAUACACAGCAGUGGAAUCUCUCGGUUCACUGCACGGUCAUUCCAUUGUGCUUUGCGAAUUUAAUAUUAAGUGCGAAAAAUUUAAACCACUCAUUGUAAAAUAUCGACCUCUUAGAGACAUAUGCAUGGAUAAAUUUAAAACAGACUUAUCACAACUAAACUUGCAAAUUGUUUCGGAACUGGGCGACGUGAAUGACAUGGUGCGUGCUUUCCGAACCAAUAUAAUUUUUUUGUUUGAUGUUCAUGCGCCUGUCAGAACGUGUACUAUUAAGGAAAGAUCGUACCCGUGGAUAACAGAUACAAUCAAAUUCAUGAUGCGUUUGCGUAAUAAAGCACUGAGUAGUUACAGGAAAAUGAGAACAGACUCGAAAAAGAAAUAUUACAACGAAUUAAAGCAACUGGUAAAUAGUUCCCUUUACAAUGAAAAAGUAGCAUAUUUUAAACAAAACGUCAACAAUAAAAUUCAAAACCCAAAAUUACUCUGGAAAAACCUCAAAUCCACUGUACUACCCUUUAAUUCUAGACAAGAAAUUCCACCGCAAUUUAAUGAUCCCGACUUAAUUAAUAGAAACUUUUUGACUGUUCCCGGUAACCCCAUACCGAGCCCAACACAUAUCCUUUUUUAUGAAACUCAUAAACAUGAUGCGGCUGUCUUCAAAAUUGCUCCAGUGGAACAAACAGAUGUCUCGCGCACUAUCUCUGGCCUCAAAAGUAACGCGAAAGGCUAUGAUGACAUUACCCUGGAUAUGAUUGUCAUGACUUUGCCACAUACUUUAAAUGUUAUAACUAAAACUCAAUUCACUUAA